AAAGUAGUUGCUUAACUCAGUCUUAUUCAGUAGUCAGAGAUUAUUAUAAUCAACAUCAUUGUGUUUAAUGAAUGUAAUAGAUUAAUAACUGUGUUUACAAAAACGCAAGUAAGUAUAAAAAGCCGCAUGGGUUUUCUAACGGUCAACUUGUCGAAGGUGCAUCUAAGAUGACGCAUUUACUUCAAAAAACAGACGCGUUUUAUGUGCAUAGUGAUAAAGACUCAACAUAUAGAUAAACAAACAGUGCUCCAUUCAUCAAACGUCUAUAUGUAGCGUAUAUGUAGAAGUGAAUUUGAUACACCUAAGAGGUAAUCUUCAGUGAAAAUUGGAUUUUAAACUUUCAAAAUGAAGUACGUGGUGGUGUUUUUAGCCGUCGUUGGGACGGUUUCAGCACUAGAAGGUGGAAGGUGUUGCCCGGAAGGACAAGCCAUUAUACGGCGGAGAACAACACCGCACUAUUGUUGGGAGCCAAAAAGCAAUACAACAUCAUUCAUACCUCUAACUUGCAACCAAAGUGCAACCAUAGCACCGACAGACGAAAUGGACUUCUAUGUUAAUAGUGCUAAUCAGUUAGUGUUACAACUACCUAAUUUAGACGUGGAAUAUGAACCGGGCACAUUUUGUGUCGGAAACACAACAUCGUUUAGAGAUCGAAACCUGACGAAAGCAUAUCGCGUAGUUAUAAUAUGCUUCGUGGAAGAGGUGAAGUCGAUAGAUGAGGACGUGUAUGGAGUUUGUAUGACGGUGUCCGCUAUACUGCUCUUCGUCACUGCCAUCAUUUAUAUAGCACUUCCGGAACUGAGGGACCUUCAAGGGAAGAGUAUAAUAAACUUCUGCCUCAGCUUGGGCAUCGGUCUUGCAAUAUUGGCAGCUAUGAAACUUGUACCUUACUCCGACAUGAAUCUUUGCGCUGCGAGAGGAUUCUUCGCAUAUUUCUUCGUUAUCGCCAGUUUCUUUUGGACAAAUGCGAUAUCAAUACAAAUACUGCUCAGUAUAAGACGACCUACGGUGAGCAACUAUGGGUGGAGGGAAUUCAUAUACUACGCUAUCUAUGCUUGGGGAUGUCCAGCAGUUUUGACAAUUGUCAUGGCAAUUAUUAAUUUCACUCCUGGAGAUCAUCAAAAGCCUGGCAUUGGGCUAAAUCAUUGCUGGUUCUUCAAUCGUAAGCAACAGUGGCAGUAUAUGUACAGUGUCAUGACAAUACUUAUAGCUAUCAAUAUUGGGAUAUUUAUCUACAUCUCCAUACAACUAUGGCGGAAUUCGUUUUCUUCCAAUCAUAUGAAAGCCUUACGGUAUAAGUUCGUCAUGACAAUCAGGCUAUUCGUAGUCAUGGGAGUGGCAUGGAUAUUCGAGAUGAUCGGUUCAGUAUCCAGCUCACAUAUUACUUGGGAGAUAUUGGACGUGAUAAACUCACUUCAGGGAGUCUUCAUAUUCUUAGUGCUCGUGGUGUUUAGAAGGAAAGUCAUCAAAUCUAUGCACCGUCACGGGUGGCUGGACUGUGUCUCCGGUCCAGUGGAGCGGUGCCUGGCCGUGGGAGAAGAUGAGGAGGAUGUAGUCCAACACACGAUAGGCGUAUCAAUGGAUGAUCCCAAAAAUAACAAACAUUAAGAUGAAGGGAAUUUACACGUCUUUAAACCUCUUAAAAAUCGAUAGAUUAACAAGAAUGAUUUACUGAGGGGGCUAUUGUAAAGCUAUGAAAAUUAAGGAACUUUUCAAGAAAGUCGGAUUCUCAGAUGAAUUUUAUCUGGGAUUUGAUUACCAGUUUGUCAGCGUUGCGGCAAACGCUGAUAAACACCAUUUCCGUAUACUUUGACACAGCGAGUUGCACCUUCUGUACGGAGCUGACCUGACAGACAUCAUCGAGUCCAAGACGAGAGCAGCAUCAAAGUUGCUUUUAAAGAACACAGCUGAUCACAAACCAUUAACCUUGAGAAUUGUCAAGAUCAUUGAACUGAACGGAUUCUGACGCAGAACAAUACAUGUCAAUUUUUCGUGUCGAGUGUAGGCGCGAUUGAGCAAGUUGCACUUCAUCUUGGUACUGAGAACGUAGAAAAAAGAUCCGGUUCCUAAUUAGUGCCAAGUAAUGAGAUGAGACUAGUCAUGCGGUGGAUAUAGGAAUGAUAACUCAAGAGGAAUGACGAACGUAGUGUUUCGAAGAAUAAAUACAAAUAGUAAUAAGAAUAAGCAGUGUGUGUGGAUUAGUAAACUGGUAAGGGUAAUGGGAUAAGGACAGGAGGAUGAUGUGUGAUAAGAAGCAACUAAAUUAUGAGUGAUUUCGAGUCUCUAAUAUAAUUAUGUGUAAUAGUGGUAUAUUAGUGUAAAAGUGCUAUAUUAGUGUAAUAGAUCUUCAUUAUGUCACUAAACUUCAUGUACUUCUUAACAUUCACGCUUGCGCCGGUUUUUGCAGUAAAUAUAUGGAGAGACAGUUGGGCGCAGUCACAAUUUCACAUCAGAAGAUAUUAUGUUGAAAAGACCUUAAUAGAUUCCUUCGAAAUAGAGGCUUUGGACGACUUGUUCGAUAUAGAUAAGUAGCUGUUUUUCCUGAAACUAUUAUAUGUUUCUCCUAGUCUAGGGGUGUGAAUGGUAAUUCUUUGGCAAUAACCUAUUCCGCGCUGCGAACAACGCUUGUAAACGUAAGUUCAGUAGGUACUCUGCCAUAGACAAGGUGUCGUCGACCGAAAAUUGCACCUUCUGUGCGUCAACGGGUCGUUAUUGCUUUAAGAGCAUCACAUAGCUGCAAAGAAGCAGCAGAAGACAAACUGGUAGUAAUACAGUACGACAACAAAUAUUGAAUAAUAUAGUAAGGACUUAAAACAAAAAACAAAGUGAGCAAGGUCAGUACAACGAAGAGUACCAAUCCAGAUGUUCAAGUGUAUACAUUAACAUUCUGCAGGCAAAAAUAAAACGUAUCUGUUCUCUGCCGAUCAAUAAUCAGGCGGUUUACGCCCACUACGAUAAAAUAUGCGUUGAGCGCUAAUAUCUAACAUAUAUCUACUGACGUUGUAGCCGAAACAAUGUUAGGUAAAUGUGUUCUUUUAACUAUAACUACUUAUAAUGAAAACCUUGUAUUUUUGAAAAACCACAUUCUAAUGUCAUUUUCUUCAACAAAUGCUUUUUUUAUCUGGAUUUAAACCAACGACUUGCAUGGUUUUGUUAACAAAAAUGAAUUGUAGCUUUGACAGCGACUCUCCGAACGGCGAUUCCCGCUACGGCGAGUGGACGAUACAGUCAUGGCAAAAAAUCACAUACGAAUAUUAUUUGCAAAAAGGCGCUUACACGUGGUUUUCAAUAACAAUAAGGCGAUAUUGACACUCCUGAGAAGCAUUGAGUCGCCUACUGCGGUCAAUUCAAACAUACGGCAAUGUAUCAGAGCGUUCCUAACAAACCGUUAUGGAAUAUUGGAUCGUUACGGCGUGCAUUUAGUUGAAAGAGAUAAAGCUUCUGUAAAUAUAUUUAACAUUUGAAGUAAAAUUUAAGUACCUUAAUAAUUUAUUUAAGGAAAGAAAAGGGUCUAGUCCAUGAACGGCCAUUAUAACUACUUUAAUGUUCAAUUGUACUUAGUACUGUGUAACAAAUUGGUCAAGGUUACAUUUUUUUAGGUUUACAACAUAUUGUAAAAAAGACCAUAACUACUAAAUCUAGCUAGAACCUAAGGUUGGAAGGUCAGAUAGGCAGUCGCUUCUGUAAAGAAGCUGGCCUUUCAAAUGUUCAGGUAAAGUAAGCGGACCCUAUGAAAAACGGGAUAACGCUAGGGAGAUGAUGAACUACUAAAAUCUAGACCAAAGUCUAGAUUUUCAUGUAUCUGUCACAGUAUUUUUUUAUAAUAUUUUAAGCGAUUUUAUAAUAAGAAAUGUUUAUAAAAAAAUAAGUAUCUAAUACACCUUAUAAAGGCAGCUAUUUUUGAUAAUAUACAAGUAUACAUGUUAAUAACAUAAUAGUUUUGUAUUAAUAUUUAAUAGAAUAUAUAACAGAAUAGAUGAUUUAUUUUUAAUAAAUAUAUUUGAAAUGUUA